GGGUAGUGAAAGAAGAGAUAUCUGAUGACAAUGCCAAACUCCCUUGUUUUAAUGGCCGUGUGGUAUCUUGGGUAAGCACACACACUUCAUCUUUGUCUUAAGUGUUUGUCAAUGACACCCAUCUGUUGGGGCUGCUAUUGACCCCAAACAUCACUCUGUCCCUAGAGAGAAGCCCCACCCAUCUGUCUGAUAAUAUCAUUACUACAUAAUGAUGUUAGGAAUAACAGUGGCACACACAAACACACAUGGAACAUGCGCGCACGCGUUCACACACACACACACACACACACACAAAGAGUUUCUCUCACGCUCUCUUAUCUCGUCAAUCUUUCUAACUCUCUUACAAAUACAGUAGUUAUUUAUGUCUCUAUAAAACUCUUACAUUUCUCAGCUCACACACAGACCAAUGAUCCCCUCUCUCCAUGACUGAGCCAUCUGGUUCUUUGCGCUGCCUCUCUUGUCCUUUGUUUCUCCAUUGAGAUCUGAUUAAGAGAAACUGAAAUCACAGGAUCAUAGACAUCACUCCCAAAUAAAGAGCUUCACUGCAGCUAAUGAGGAGAUUGAAUCACAAGUAACAGAGGGGCAAAAUAAAGGAGUGAAAGAGUGGUUUGUUUAAUAAGGAAAUGGUGUGUGUGUGUGUGUGGGGGGGGGGGGGGGGGGGGGCAGUAGGCCAACCUUGUUACUAUAACUAGGAAAAUCUCUGGGCCCUAGUUACUGGCUUUAUUCCAUACAGUGAUUGGUCAUGAUAGUCGUCUCUGUUCAUGCCCCUGUAUGUUUAUCUCAGUUUCAGUUUUAAUGUCACGUGCACAAGUGCAGUGAAAGGCCUUUCUUGCAAGCUCUAAACCCAACAAUGCAGUAAUCGAUAUCAAUGUAGUACUAAAAAUAACAUAAGGUAGAACAAAAAUCUGUCUGGCUGUGUGAUAGGCAGAGACAGAGGCAAGGCCAAUCUGAUCAGGCUAAAGGUAUUAAGUUGUGGUGAAAUGUUUGGUAUCCAGGGUGUCUCUGUCUGUCAGCUCUCUGCUGGGUCCUGGCGCUACAGACCUGGCUUGCUAUAAAAUGUAUUUGUAAAAAUAGCUGCAUAGUGCAUGUAAAUCAAAUUUGAAUGAUUCUUAGGGUCUCAAAGUUGGUCUGUCUGUCUACCUCUGUGUCCUCAGCUGGUGUCGGGGGACGGUGCUCACUCAGAUGGUGGCUCUGUGGUGGAGAGUUUGUCGGAGCUGCCGCCACCCCCCCUGGAGAGGACUGGGGGCAUCGGGGACUCCAGACCCCCCUCCUACCAGUCAGUUAUCUCUGUUGUGUGUGUGUGUUUAGCUGUGUGCGCAAUGCGAACAUAUUUGACUUUGUUUGUGUUUCUGUUUGGCUGUUUGAGAGAUGUUGUGCUUGUGAAUAAGUGUGUUUGUCUCUCUGAGUGUCUUUAUAGGCUUAGUCUUGGUUAAUAAUCUCCAUUGUGCUUCUAAUAUCUGCCGAAAUAAUGAUGAAAACAGUGAGCACAACAAUGUGCUCAAUGGUGAAAAGAAUUCCCUCUUGUGACACCCCACUCCUCCUUUCCUUUCCUCCCCUUCGCCCUCCCUUUCUCCAUGUCUCACUGCAGUGGGAAGGCCACAGGUGGACGAGACUCGUUGGACAACGAGACAGAGACGGGCUCGAUGGUGUCCCAGAGAAGAGCGAGGGAGCGGCCACGCCGGAAACACACUCGCGAGCACGGUCAGAGAGCAGUUGGUCCCCUCCAUUCCUCUCACUCAGUCACUCACUCAGCAUCUCUUUCACUCCUCUUUGACAUUCUCGCUCUUCCUCAAAAUGUCUCUACUGUACUGUCCAGUUCCCCGCGUGAUACGUGGUCUAGCCUAGUUGUUGAAUAGGUGUAUGAGCCAUACAGCCAUAUUCCUCCCAGACUAACAAGGUGCAAUGUGUAGCUAUUGCCAUCACUUUAUACUUUUCUAGCGUUAGACCUAUCCAAACUCCAUGAAGUGCCCAGAGACCGAUUAGGAACUGAGCAUAUAGCGCUGUGACUGUUAGCCCCUCCCCUGUGAAACUCUGUCACCUCUCUCACCCCCUGCAGGUGGGAGGAAUGGCUACUCGCGGGUGGGCCGAGGGGCGGAGCUGGGCCAAUACGACAGCUGCUCGUCCUUCAUGAGCAGCGAGCUGGAGUCCACCAGCUGCUUUGACUCUGAGGAUGACGACGCCACCAGCCGGUGAGAACCUCUAGAUAACCAUUACGCAAUUUUCCGCCAACCUCCACUUUCUUGCCUCCCGUAUGUUUUACUUAACCUGUGAGAACCAAAGGUAUUCUGCAUACCGUAACCCUAUUGGACUUUCUCCCCCAGGUUCAGCAGUUCCACAGAACAGAGCUCCUCUCGACUGAUGAGGCGACACCGCCGGCGCCGCCGGAAACCCAAAACAUCCAACAUGGAAAGGGUGAGAUGGGCAGACACAUACCAGGGUUUCCGUUAGCCAGUUAUUGCUGGCUUUUGGCCAAAUAAAAUAAAAUAAAAAGCCAAUAAAUACAAAUUGUUGCCUGCCAAAUUGACCGGGAGAAAAAACAACUGUAUGCAGGCUAUCAGUGCGUCACCCACCACUUUACAAUGUGUGCGGGAGGCAGUAUGCAUUUUGAAAACAUACUUAAUUGUUUGACUUACCUUGCUUGAAAAUCAGACCAUAGAAACGUGGAGGCAAAUAUUUUAUAAAGACUUAAUAGGCGGCACGUGAGUUUUUAAAGUUUAGGGAGGCAUACAAUUUAUCCUACGAUUUCUACCGAUCUGCGUGCCGGUUAUGAUUUUCAUAUGCACAUUUUCGUGGAACAGUUUCAUUUCAAUAAUAACGUUUUCAUUUCUCAAUCAUUGUCACGUGGUUAAAGGGAUACUUUGGAAUUUUGGCAAUGAGGCCCUUUAUCUACUUCCCCAGAGUCAGAUGAACUCGUGGAUACCAUUUUUAUGUCUCUGUCCAGUAUGAAGUUAGAGGUAGUUUCCGGAGCCAAUGCUAACUAGCGUUAGCGCAAUGGCUGUAAGUCUAUGGGUACCUGCUAGCAUGCAUAGACUUCCAGUCAUUGUGCUAACGCUUGUUAGCAUUGGCUAGUUAGCAUAUGAGUCGGGUAAAUUUCUCAUAUCUUCCCGGUCACGUUGUCCGACGCCACAUUUUCCUGACGGAAACCCUGACACACAAACACACACGUUUUCUUACCUCUCUCGCCCCCCUUUCUCUCUUUCUAGUCGUCAUCGUUCAGCAGCAUCACAGACUCCACCAUGUCACUGAACAUCAUCACUGUCACUCUGAACAUGGGUAAGUGUUUCUCUGUGGCUUUCUGUCUCUUUUUCACUUGCAAUAAAGCUUUACAUAGUCCUCCUGACCACUCAUUCUCUUUCUCUCUCUCUCCCCCCUCUGUAGAGAAGUAUAACUUCCUGGGCAUCAGCAUCGUGGGGCAGAGCAACGAGAGGGGCGACGGGGGCAUCUACAUCGGCUCCAUCAUGAAGGGAGGGGCGGUGGCCGCAGACGGACGCAUUGAGCCUGGAGACAUGCUACUGCAGGUGUGUGCUCGUAUGUUUGAGGGUUUGGGACUCUUUGUAACAGCCUUGAAUCCAGAGUGAAUUAAGUGGAUGCCAUUGAACAUUACAGCAGGGUGAACAAACGGUUGAAGUCAGGGUUGUGUUCAUGAGGCACCAAAUGGAAGAAAAUCGACUGAAAUGGUGGAACUACCUAAAUAUGUCCAAUAAUAAAAUGCUUGUUUUUGUUUUCAGUUUCAAAACAUUUUGCUACAGUGUGAAUGAACCCUAAUGAAUACGACCCACUUUAGCAGACUAAACUCAACUCCAUGAUUUACGUUGGAGUUGAGAGGGCGACUAGUGUGGGUGGACUGGAGCUCUGACGUCACAUAAAAUGAAGUUUUUAUCAGAAACGACUGAUUUCAGCACCCAGAAUAGCCCACAAUUACACAGAACAAUGCCGUAGCGAGACUGAGAUUGUCUCCACCCUCUUAACAGGUGAACGACAUCAACUUUGAGAACAUGAACAACGACGAUGCAGUUCGAGUGCUGAGGGACAUCGUACACAAGCCAGGGUGAGUCACUCACGCACGUGUGCUCUUUCACACACACGUCUACAAACACGCUCCAGUUGACACAACAUCAGUCUUAGGACUUAUUAAACCUGGACUUCAGCUUUCACUAUCUUUAGUAUUGUAUUCCAUCUGUAAAAAGACAGGUGCAAGUUUUGCAACUUUGCCUAAGCCGUAUAAACAUGGUGUUGUGAGCAUUGCCAGCUCUGUGUUAACUGUGUGUAAACUCUGUUUAUAGCCCCAUCACUCUGACUGUGGCUAAGUGCUGGGACCCCAACCCCCGGAGCUGCUUUGCUCUGCCGAGAAGUGAGUAUUCACCUGCUGUGUCUUCCCCUCACAAUACACCCACGAAACAUUUGUGAAUGUCCGAGUAUUCUUGUUUGUUUUAUGGAUUUAUUUGUGUGUUUUUGUGAAGUCUGUGUACUAUGUUGAACCCCCGUUUUCUCCCACCAGGUGAGCCGAUCCGGCCCAUUGACCCUGCUGCCUGGGUGUCCCACACUGCGGCUAUGACAGGGGUGUACCCUGCUUAUGGCAUGAGCCCAUCGAUGAGCACAGUCACCUCCACCAGCUCCUCCAUUAGCAGCUCCAUCCCUGAGACUGAACGUGAGUCACACACCUGGGUCCUGUCAAAACUGACUAAAUUCAACUGUAAUUAAAACACUCUAAAACUCUUUGUGUCAUGACGCAAUCUACAGUUGAGGACAGGCUAGUAUGCGAAGGAGCUCAUAAUGUAAUGUCUAUUACAAGUUCAGCUAAUAUUUGAAAAUCCCACAAAACUGCCAUACAGUGGAAAACCUACGUCCUAUCAAAACUGUCCCAAUGUCCCAUUAUAAACCUGUAACCCAUGAUAACUACCUUCGCUAAACCCAGUAACCCAACUCACGAUUUGCUCCUCGCAGGCUUCGACGAUUUCCACCUGUCCAUCCACAGUGACAUGUCAACUGUUGCCAAGGCCAUGGCUUCCCCGGAGUCGGGCCUGGAGGUGCGAGACAGGAUGUGGCUAAAGAUCACCAUCGCCAAUGCCUUCAUAGGUACGCCUACUCUCCUUUUCCUCUCUACCUCUCUCUACCUCUCUCUACCUCUCUCCCUGUCAGUCCUCCUGUCCUAGUUGUCUUUCUAUAUGACCCCUUUUAUAUGUCUGAAUGUGUCUCUUCUGCCUAGUUUGUGGGUUAAUUGCCAUGGAAUGUGUAUUUUGUGUCUAGACUCAUGUAUGUUUUUGGUGUGUUUCUGUAUCCAAAGGCUCAGACGUGGUGGACUGGCUCUUUCAUCACAUGGAGGGAUUCUCAGACCGACGGGAGGCAAGGAAGUACGCCAGUAACCUGCUCAAGGCCGGCUACAUCCGCCACACCGUCAACAAGAUCACCUUCUCCGAGCAGUGCUACUACAUCUUCGGAGACCUCUGUGGCAGUGAGUUUUUUUCACUAUAUCGUCAUUGUAUUUCAUGGUUUGAAAACCACCCCUAGUCCCUAGCCCUUCUGUGUUUGCAGACAAAACAAAACUGUGACAUUAAUAUUCAUGAUAACUCAAUCUCUCUCUCUCAGACAUGACCCACCUCUCUCUGCACGACCAUGACGGCUCCAGCGGCGGGGCAUCGGACCAGGACACCCUGCCCCCUCUGCCCCACCCUGGGGCGGCCCCCUGGCCCAUGGCCCUGCCCUACCAGUUCUCCAUCGCCCACCCCUACAACCCCCAGCCCCAACACGACCUGCCCCAGGGCUUCCCGGGAGUAGGGGCGGGCAGCGCUGGCAGCCAACACAGCGAAGGUGAGGAGAGCUGGGACUCACCAGCAGUAUUCAAUCAAACCCAGACACUAAGAGAGGGGGAACUAGGACAAUAUGCCACACACAAAAAAAAUCUAUCAUAAUACUAUCGUAACAAUAGUUUUUGCUAUUUAUCUGCCACAGUAAAUAUCAAUGAAUCUGUGUUGGCCCAGGCAUGAAUCAUGCAUCUCUCCCAUGAGCCUUCCCAAAAACGGGGUCACUACUUCUUACAUCACUGCAUUAGCAUGCCUGACAAAGCUCACAGCAUUAUUAAUGAUAUAGAAAAACUCGAAAACUAAAAUUAAUGACAGGAGUAUUGCAGUAAUAGAUAAUGUAAUUUCAAUGUAUGGCUUCACUCAACAUAUACAAUAAUGCACGCAGCAAAGCCAGAACAUACACACAGUAAUUCAUAAAACACUUGCAGUCAUGUAUGAAGGACAAAUACACUAUAUAUACAAAAGUAUGUGGACACCCCUUCAAAUUAGUGGAUUCGGCUAUUUCAGCCACACCCAUUGCUGACAGGUGUGUAAAAUCGAGCACACAGCCAUGCAAUCUCCAUAGACAAACAUUGGCAGUAGAAUGGCCUUUUACUGAGGCCUCCCGAGUGGCGCAGUGGUCUUAAGUGUGCCACUAGACAUCCUGGUUCGAGUCCAGGCUCUGUCGCAGCCGGCCGCGACCGGGAGACCCAUGGGGCGGCGUACAGUUGGCCCAGUGUCGUCCAGGUUAGGGGAGGGUUUGGCCCAUCGCGCACUAGCGACUCCUGUGGCGGGCCGGGCGCAGUGCACGCUGACACGGUCGCCAGGUGUACAGUGUUUCCUCUGACACAUUGGUGCGGCUGGCUUCUGGGUUAAGCGGGCAUUGUGUCAAGAAGCAGUGCGGCUCGGUUGGGUUGUGUUUCGUACGGGAGUUAUGGGAAUUGCAGCGAUUGGACAAGACUAACUACCAAUUGGCUACCAUGAAAUUGGGGAGAAAAAGGGGUAAAAUAAUUUAAAAUAAUGUAAAUAACAAUGGCCUUACUGAAGAGCUCUGUGACUUUAAACGUGGCACCGUCAUAGGAUGCCACCUUUCCAACAAGUUAGUUGUUCAAAUUUCUUCCCUGCUAGAGUUGCCCCGGUCAACUGGAAGUGCUGUUAUUGUGAAGUGGACACGUCUAGGAGCAACAACGGCUCAGCCGCGAAGUGGUAGGCCACACAAGCUCACAGAACGGGACCGCCAAGUGCUGAAGCGCGUAUCGUGUAAAAAUCGUCUCUCUUCGGUUGCAACACUCACUACAGAGUUCCAAACUGCCUCUGGAAGCAACGUCAGCACAAUAACAGUUGGUCGGGAGCUUCAUGAAAUGGGUUUCCAUGGCCGAGCAGCCGCACACAAGCCUAAGAUCACCAUGCACAAUACCAAGCGUCGGCUGGAGUAGUGUAAAGCUCGCUGCCAUUAGACUCUGGAGAAAUGGAAACGCGUUCUCUGGAGUGAUGAAUCACGCUUUGGCGGACGCCACUACCUGCUCGAAUGCAUAGUGCCAACUGUAAAGUUAGGUGGAGGAGGAAUAAUGGUCUGGGGCUGUUUUUCAUGGUUCGGGCUAGGCCCCUAAAUUCCAGUGAUGGGAAAUCUUAACACUACAGCAUACAAUAACAUUCUAGACGAUUCUGUGCUUCCAACUUUGUGGCAACAGUUUGGGGAAGGCCCUUUCCUGUUUCAGCAUGACAAUGCCCCCGUGCACAAGCGAGGUCCAUACAGAAAUUGUUUGUUGGUGUGGAAGAACUUUACUUGCCUGCACAGAGCCCUGGCCUCGACCUCAACCCCAUCGAACUCCUUUAGGAUGAAUUGGAACGCCGACUGCGAGCCAUGCCUAAUCACCCAACAUCAGUGCCCAACCUCACUAAUGCUCUUGUGGCUGAAUGGAAGCAAGUCCCUGCAGCAAUGUUCCAACAUCUAGUGGAAAGCCUUCCCAGAAGAGUGAAGGCUGUUAUAGCAGCAAAGGGGGGACCAACUCCAUAUUAAUGCCCAUGAUUUUGGAAUGAGAUGUUCGACGAGCAGGUGUCCACACACUUAUGGUCAUGUAGUGUAGUUGGAUACUAACACACUUUCUCUUUGUUUUGCUCCCCCGUCUCCAGGGAGCAGCGGCUCCAACUGCAGUAAGACCGAGGGCCGAGGCGGUGCUGGGGGCUCCAACAAGUCGGGUGGGAGUGGCAGCGAAUCAGAGAUCAGGAGCCAUCGGGCCCCCAGCGAGCGCUCUGUGGCCCCUAGCGAGCGCAGCAUCCGCAGUUCCUACAGCCAUCGAAGCGCCCACUCGUCCCACUCACUGUCCUACAGCCCUGGCCUGGUCUACGGCCCUCCAGGCCUGCCUCCUAACCCCCCCCACCUGGCCACAGCUGCCCCAGGAGCCCCCCCAGGCCGACAGCUGGCCAACGCUCCCCCAGAGCUCACCGGCUCCCGCCAGUCCCUGCGCAUGGCCGUAGGCAACCCUGGCGAGUUCUUUGUCGAUGUCAUGUGA